GUGUACUGGGUGAGCUUUGUGUGGUGCAGUUUGUAGCUCUUGUAUUGGUAUCGACAGCGUGGAUCGAGGUGUUUUUUGAGAGUUGUGUGUGGUAUGAUCAAGCAUGAUCUCCUCAAAGUCUCUGUCAGAACAAUUGGCUGAGAUCACCAAUCCAGUGCCAACCAUCCAUGACCCAGAGGAUGACAUUUAUGAAGAGACAAGGGCGCAGGUGCUGGACCGCGACGCCGAGCUACCGGCCGACGAAGAGGUGGUGCCGUCCCGGCUGCGGCAGCGCGCGGCCGCCCUCCUGCCCGACACCGACCCGCGCUAUGCUGGCCGCACUGUCUCCCGGAGAAGCCUGCUGUCUGCCAGCGACGGUGAGGACUCGGCGGCCGGCUCCAGCGACGGCGGCGGCGACAGUGACGCGCCCGGCGACGAGGAGGACAAUGACGACGAGGACAACGAGGAUGAGGACCAGCUGGAGGCGUUCAAAGCCAGGCUAAACGGUGCCGGCACGGACACCGGCGGGCUAAGCCCGGACGACGCGGUGGAGACAGACUCCGAGGAGGCGGCCGAGAGCCAGCCGGGCCCGGCGUCCGAGGGCGGCACGGACGAGGAGGCCGGCUCGGAGGACGAGGAGGCCGGAUCAGAGGGCGAGGACGCCGCCGGGAGCUCGGCGUCGGAGGAUGAGGAUGACGCCGGUGGCGCCACGCGCGACGAAGAUGAGGAGGAGGACGGAGUGAACCUGACCGGAGACUCGGCCGGCAGCGACAGCCGGAAGGGAAGCGCCGUCAGGGCCCAGCUGGGCAUCUGGGACCAGCUGCUGGAGUGCCGCAUCAAGCUGCAGCCGUGCGUGCAGCUGUGCAACCAGCUGCCGGCGCCAGCUGACUGGCAGCCGUUCUGGGCGGCUGCCGACGAGGCGACGGUGGCCAAGCUGUCGGAGACCGCUGCAGCCGCCGGCAGACUGCUGCGACACCUCGUGCAGCUGCAGGAGCUCCUGCUGGUGCAGUACCCGGAGACGCGGCGGCUGGCGUCCGACCCUGUCGGACGCGUCAGCGACGCGGCUGGCGACUCGGCCUCGGAGGGCGAGCCGGCGCCGCGGCUGGCGCUGUACCGGCCGUACCGGGACGAGACGAUCCAGCGCUGGAACGACAAGACCCGGCUGACGGCCGGCCGCGCUGCCGCCAAGUCGUUCGCAGCCUUCGAGCAGUCGACGUUGAAACAGAUCGAGCAGAUCCUGUCGGACCGGGAGCGGCUGCUGCGCCGCACGCGGCUGCGGCGGACCGAGGGCGCGACGCUGGGCCGGCCCCCACCGCCGCCUCAGGAGGCGUCGACCGCUGCGGACGGUAAGCGUGACUACGACGACGAGGUCUUCGACGACAACGACUUCUACCACCAGCUGCUGCGCGAGCUCAUUGAGAGGAAGACUGUGGACGUCAGCGACCCGCUGGCACUCGGCCGACAGUGGAUCCAGAUCCAGAAGCUGCGCUCCAAAAUCAAGAAGCGCGUGGACACGCGGGCGAGCAAGGGCCGCAAGGUGCGCUACGAGGUGUACCCGAAGCUGGUCAACUUCCUGGCGUCGCAGCGCGCCGGCUCCAUGUCGGCCGCGGCGCGCGACGAGCUCUUCAGCUCCCUGUUUGGCAGCCGGUGUCGGCCCGAGGCGAACGGGCGGACCGCCGCCGCCCCCAGCCUGAACGGC